ACGCGUCUACCUAAAACCGGUGACCCCACCACGGUUCCGACUGGAACUCAACGGUCUCCUCUCCCGAGCUCUCGACAACAACCAGUUUGACGCGGCCGCGCGCCUCGCACCGACGUUUGGCAAACGCAACGACCCGGUCGACAGCGGUACCCAAAAAAAGACAAUCAAAAAAUUAAAAGGAACAUGCCCGUGUGGUUCGCGGGCAAUCCCGGACCGGCACCGACGACCGUCUAGCGGUGCUCCAGGAUAACGGCGGAACAGUUAUCUCGGAAAGUGAAAGGUUGAACGUUAAGGUUUGAGCAUGUACGCGAGUUAAAGUCUACCAGUUGGAUUGGCAUCGAAAAGAUGAAGUCGAUCAAGGCGAUAUUCCGCAGAGGGCAGGCGCCCAGUUCGAAGAUCGAGGACAACAGGGACGACCUGUCCAGGACCUCGUCCAUCAGCAACUUGAACGCCGAUGCAAAGGGCAGCAGGGGAGCCAAACCCAAGAAGGCAGCGUCCAGGGACCGGCUCGACAAGAUUGGCGACAAGAAACAUGAUAAGAAAGGUUUGACCAAGAACAACAACAAACUAGAGACCAACGAGUACUCGCCCGAAGCUGUCAACCCCACCAUCGACAUCCUCCAGAAGCAGCUGGCGGAGAUGGCCACGGAAAAGUCCAAUCUGGCCCUCCAACUCGGUGAGCAAAAAGGACAGCUCAACAUCCUCCAAAAGGAAAUAGAGAAGCUCAAGCACUCGGAGGAGGAGUCCAACAUGCAGCUGGACAAACUGGUGGAGGAAAACACAGCCCUGAGGAACCGACUAAGGGACGUGGCACAUUCCCCACUAUCAGACAACGAGAAACAACAACUUUUAUUCGAGUCCCAGAGGCACCACAGUUCGGCACCAGCUUCAAUCGCUUCGAAUAUUCUAGAUGACAUGCAGGGAGACGUUACCGCCUGCACCACCCCCGAAUGGGACAAGCACAGCAGCGGCAACGUGUCGGAAAUAUCCGUGGCGUGCCUCCAGGACAAGAUAAACCAGAUGCAAGAGACGCACUACAGCACCAACGAGGAGCUGCAGGCGACCCUGCAAGAGCUGACCGACCUACAGAGACAGCUCACGGAGCUGCAGCAGGAGAACGAAAGGCUGACGGAGGAGAAGACGCUGAUGUUCGACUCGCUGUGCCGCCAGACCGAGAGGCUGAACGACGCCCGGUCGGAGGUCGAGUCGCUGAAGCAGCUGCUGUACAAGGAGAAGGACGAGCACGCCGCCAGUAAUUUCGAGUCGGCGGUGGAGAGGGAGAAGAAGCUGGUGGAGCUGCUGAAGUCCGCGCAGGAGGAACGUGAGGGUCACCUGUUGAAGAUCGAGCAGCUUACCGGGGAGCUUCAGGAGUGUAGGUCGUUGAACGAGGAGCGGGAGGGGGAUGUUGUUAACUUGUCGGAGCGGGUUAAGACGUUGGAGAGCACGUUGGACGCUAAGCAUGCGGAGCACAAGCAGCUGGAUCAGGAGCUGGCUUUGGCCAAGGAUCAGUGCAGCAGCAGGCAGAUCGAGAUUAACAGGCUGAAAGAUCUGUUGGACAAUGCCAGGACGAAAAUCAACGAACUGGAGCAGGACAGGGCGUUAAGCGACAAGUCCGAACUGGACGAGCUUCUGGACAACGCACGCAAAGAGAAGGACGCCCUCGAGUCGGAAGUUGCCGAUUUGAAGGAGCAAGUGGCCAGAAGCAAGAACGAAGCUGAAAAGUUCAAGGAACAAGUGUCCAUUUUGCAGGAGGAGUGCAAAGUUACUAGAAACAAUGCGAAGACGACGCAAAGCGACUUGGAGUACAAGUGUGAGAAGCUUCAAAUGGAGAAGGCCUCGAUUACUGAGCAGCUUCAACACUUCCAAGAGGUUGUCAACGAACUACAGGUCCAGAGUCAGUGUCAAUUGGAGGACAAGAGGCAGCUGUCGGCGGUGCUGAGCGAAACCCAGAGGAAUCUGAGCGAAAGCGAAGAGAAGAAUUUGGUUUUGAUGGCGGAGGUCGAUGAGCUCAAGAAGAUACGCAAGGAGGAGACGGAAGACUGGGAGAAAUUCCAAGACGACCUUCUGACAUCCGUGCGAGUGGCCAACGACUUCAAAACAGAGGCCCAAAAGGAACUACAGAAGUUCGUGCUGGACAACAAGUCGCUGAGGGAACGUGUGAGACAGCUCGAGUCUCAAAUCGACAAGCUCAAAGCAGGUGCAGUUCAAAGCCCCGCCAUGUUUUCGAUGCGCAGGUCGUCGAAAAAAAGCAGCCAAUCUGCCGAGGCCAAAAUGGGUAGUACCACCUCCCUAGACAGUGCCGAUAAAAAAGACUUCCUCGGCAAGUUCGUGAAGAAGCGCGAGAAAAAGAUGCGCAGCAAACUCAAAGCCAUGUCGGUGGAGGAGGAUAUGCUAAUACAGUCGUUGAACGAGUGGUACACGUCCAUAGAUCCGGCCAUACCCGAGGAAGAGCUCAGUGAGCAGGAGAAGGUGGUGCGUAGGCUCAAAAACAUGUACGACCAAGAGCAGUGCGUGGCCAAACCUGUGGCGAAACGCCCCAAAGAACUGUUGGCCAUCAGUAAGCCCCUACUGGAUUCGGUCAUAGCCAACCCAAAGUUGAAACAAAUAACCGACGACCCUUCCGUACCUUCGGUUGACUCGCAAAUCAGGGCGAGCGCCUUGGAAAACAAUGUGGAGGUCAAGUUGCCCAGGCCUAAAUUAAAGCCCACGUCCGUACGCAGGGCGGACAGUGAGCAAUACAAGAAGCCGACAAAGGAGGAGUCCGACGCGAAGACCAAAAGUCUGAGCGACAUCCAGUUUGUCUUCACGUCCAACGAAAAUAAGCUGCUCAGGAGUAAGGAGUGCGAGAACUUGUUUAAAGAGGACGGCGACACUCAGCUGCACCGGGUCUCGUCCAUCAAACCCUCGGAUUCGGUGUCGAAUCCUCGCAGCUCCAGCCACGACGUGAAGCUGGAGGAGAUCUUGGACGAGAUUCCCACCAUCUACGAUUACAAUUCGUUGCCUCGCCAGCAGCAGUUUGCUGUUAAAAUAAACAAGGCUUUCGAGGAGCACAAGGCCAAAAGCACCAACUUGAAGAGGUUCAAGAAGAACAUUCAAAGCUGUGACAUCAGUACCCCAAUAAAAGAGACGGUGAUGAAGAACGGGGAGCCUGUUAACAGGUUAAGUUUAGAUUUUGACAACGCACCACCACUAGUGUCGUUAAACAAGGUGUACUCGAAAAGUUACGACUCACUGAACGUUCUAGAUGAUGAUGAUGAUCGUUCGGAAGGCUCGAGCUACUCGUAUGGCAAUUUCGACUUGGCCACAGGGCAAAUAAGGCGUUCCCAAAAGAGGGUGAAUUGCUCAAGCAACAUGUCCAGCAUCAACAUGCAAAAGAACGGCUUCGAAUUCACUGAGAUAUCCCCCUCGGAUUUGGAGGAGGAUGCUAGAGUUGAAAUGUACGACUCCAGCAAGGAUUAUGGUAAAUAUGAUACUGACAAAGAUGAUGACGACAGCCUAUUAAUGAACUCAAUUCCGAUGACUCCUAAAAGUUACGAAAGUAAACAAGAGUUUGUGUUCAAGAAGCCAGAACUUGACGUUGAUAGUGGAUUCGAAGCUGACAAGCAUGGUGAUGACGGUCAAGUCUUUGUUAGUGAGCAGACAAUCAUAAUUACAGACCAAGAUGUACAGGAAAAAGACUCUGAACAAAGCACCGACUCAGAUGGAGACCAAAACAAAGACAGCUUGCUAGUAAACACAAUUCCAAGGGCUCCAAAGAUAGACACCAACCCUGAGUCGGAGACGAUCAAGAAACAAAACAAAUACGGCGUAAAGGCCCCUCUGGUCAUACGUAAUUCUUACAAACAGGUUUUAAAGGAGAUGAAAAGUCGGGAAUCCUUCCGCGAAGCUGAGGAAGAUAAGACCGAUGAUGAUGAUGAUGGUGAUGAAGGUGAGGUGCAAGAGACCAGCUUCGACGAUUUCUUUGCCCCAGUCCGGGUGGACCAACCGUCUCAACCAAAUCAGAACAAGCUCGACGAAGAAGACCACAAACUGUUGGCCUCCAUAAAGAGACGUGACUCAGUGAGCUCAGACAUCAACGAAGCUGACCUGCUGUUUGUUCAGGGUUUGAGCCAGAAGUACGGGUUGGAGAAUGCCCCUUCUGAGACUGGUAGCUUCGAACGCAGUUCCUCCAUCAGGAGGAGCAAGUUGAAGAAGUUCAAUUUGGAUGAGGAUAUAGGUUACACGCCGGUCUUUGACCGUGGUUACGCGUCGCCCAGUAACACGUGGAACAAAAAGAAGGAGGAUGUGGCUGAUUUGUGAUUAAAUUGACCGAAUCGACCAUGAAUCUCCUCUCGUCUAAAUUUGGCACUCAUUUGAAGCUUUUGAAUAUUUAAUAUUUAUGAAUAGUUUAUUUAUACAAGUGUUAUACGUUUGUAAUAAAGUUUAAAAAUUUGA